UUUUAUAUACGGCGGGGCACUUACUAUGGGAUCAAUAUUUCACAAGUUAAUUAACGGGAGUGUUUUGGCCACCAAUGAUGUGGUCAUAGUAUCAGUAAAUUACCGAUUGGGACAGUUAGGUUUUUUAUAUGGUGGCGAUCAGGCAGCACCCGGUAAUCUAGGAUUUUAUGACCAACUGUUAGGAUUGAAAUGGGUGAGAGAUAAUAUUCAUGAAUUCGGUGGAGACAAGGAUCAGAUUACUAUAUUUGGUGUGAGCGCCGGUGGUUGGUCCGUAUCGGCACAUCUACUCUCACCCCUAUCUAAGGGUCUAUUCAAAAGAUCUAUUAUCCAAAGCGGGGCUCAAAUGUAUCACAAGGAUAGACCAGUUUUGGGAACUGUAGAGGCGUUGAGUAAAGCCAAGGAAACGGCCCGCAAAUUGGGUUGUGAUCCGUAUGAUUACAAAUGGUUGGACUGUUUGCGAGCCAUUGAAAACCCGGACCUAUUU